AUGUACAAGCUUAGAUCAACUCUUCCUGGCCAUGAGCUGGAUGUGAGAGGCAUUGCUGCAGUUUCAGACGAAAAGGUUGUUAGUGGCUCAAGAGAUGGUACCGCAAGGGUUUGGGAUCUCUCACUAAGGCUAGACACCAACCCGAACAACGAGAUCUGUUUUCUGUCGCCAACGGGCGCUUUUGUCAAUGCUGUCGAGUAUGUGAAUAGUGCUUUUACCGGUGAUGUUGUUGCAGUGGGAGGCAAAGAUGCUAUCAUAUAUCUUUCCGAGCUCCAUGGCUCAUUUGUCAAACCUGGGGACGACUUUGGCAAGUUUCAAUUGGUUGGCCACCAGGGCAAUGUAUGCUCUCUUGACUUCAAGGAUGAUUCAUUGAUCUCUGGAUCAUGGGACUGUACUGCAAAGGUUUGGGAUUUGUCCUCGUUCUCGGUGAAGUACAACCUUACAGGUCAUGGUGCUUCGGUAUGGGACGCCAAAAUCAUUGAUGCUGCGGCAGACACAUACCUUACAUGCUCAGCUGAUCGUACAAUCCGUAAGUGGAAAGGAGAUAAGGAGAUUGCACAAUAUUCUGGACACAAUGAUGUCAUUCGAAAGCUCUUGGUCUUGCCUGGAGGAAAACAAUUCGUCUCUGCUUCGAACGACUGCACGCUAAAGGUUUGGGAUCUUGAAUCUGGAACUGUUUUACAGACUCUUCACGGCCAUGACUCUUUCAUUUAUGAUAUUUCAGUUCUUUCCAAUGGGGAUUUGGUCUCCACGGCUGAAGAUCGUUCUGUUAGGAUUUGGCGCAAUGGUAAAACACUCCAGGCUAUAACAUUACCAUGUAUCUCAGUAUGGUGUGUUGACGUUCUUCCUAAUGACGAUAUAGUUGUUGGAGGUUCUGAUAAGAUGGUAUAUGUCUUUACAUCCUCUCCUGAACGUGCAGCCACUGAGGGAGGCAUUCAAGAAUUUUCAUCAUUAGUGCAGAAUUCUGCUAUUUCUGAGCAGUCAAUUGAUGACUUGAAAAGGACUGAUAUCCCAGGAUACGAAGCAUUGGAACGCGCUGGAAAAGAAGAAGGUUCUACUAUUAUGGUCAAGAGUCCUGCUGGUGUCAUUGAAGCUCAUCAGUGGUCUGGUGGUGAAUGGGUCAAAAUUGGAGAUGUCGUCAGUUCGGCAGGCGGUAGCUCAGGAAAGAAAACUCAUAAUGGUAAGGAAUGGGACUAUGUCUUUGAUGUUGACGUAGAGGAUGGCAAGCCUCCUCUUAAAUUGCCAUACAACUCCAAUGAGAAUCCAUACACUGCAGCCGACAGGUUCUUGGCGGACCAUGAGUUGCCUGCAUCAUAUAAAGACGAGGUUGUAAGAUUCAUUGAACAAAACACUGGAGGAUUCCUGUUGGAGCAAGGCCUGGGUGCCUCGCAACCUGCUCCAGCUGCUGCUGCCCAGGAAGCACCAUCCACCGCCACCCAAAAUUUCAAAUUGCUUCCUGAAAAGUCGCCCAUAACCUUUAAGGAUUUCAAGCCAGAGCAAUUGAUUAAAGGCUUCAAGAAGUUCAAUUCAGAGCAACCUGAAACGAAAGAGUUCACUCCUCUGCAAAUAAGAAGUGUGGAAUCGGCCCUUAAUGACCUCAAAUCGAAGGAUGCUCUUUUUAUUAUCACAGAUAUAGUUCCCAAAAUCUUGUCUUCGUGGGAACCUUCACAAAAGCUUAUUGGCUUCGAUUUGCUAAGGGUGAGCAUCCCAAGGGUCACUACGGUUGACUUGAUUCAAUCAACCGAAGCAGCCGAGGAGAUUCUCAAGAUGCUUUUGCAAAGUUUAGAUGAAGUGAGCGAAGAAAACCUUCCCUUGGUGAUGAUGAUCGCUCGUGUCUUGUGCAAUCUCACAACCAGCACUUUGUUUGCCCAAUUGUUCUUCACUGUGGACGACCAUAAUCAAGUAACGCUUAACGAGUAUUACGAGGAUUUCGUCAACAAAACGACUGUUGUUAUCAAGAUAAUCACUUCAUCUCAAGUUGCAUCCGGUCACAAGCACUACAGUAACGCGUUGACGUCUGUCGCAGCAUUCUUGUAUGACCUCACCGCCUUGGUAUCCAACAACAAGUCUCUUUCCAGUAACCCAUCAGCGGGACUUGCGUUUUACGCUCUUCUUGAUGAUAUCGCUGAAGACUUGAUCAACGCAGAUGAGGAAGCUGCCUACAGAGUAUGUGUUGCAUUGGGAAACUUAUUGGUAUUAAAAGUAACGUCAAACAAGCCUGCCUGGUACGACGCUUGCAAAAAGCUAUACAGUGGGGCAAGAUUCAAGGACAUCUAUAGAGAUAUCGAUUUAGCUUAA